UCCCUGCCGACCCCUCCCCGGGGAAGCUACAUCCGCCCCCGGGCAGGGGCCACUCGCUCCCCCACAGGACGCAACAGCAGCGGCGGCGGCGGCGCUCGGCGCUGCACUGAGCCGGCCGGGAUGCCUCUCCCUGCCUCCCCGCAGCCCGCUCCGGGCCCCGCCCGGCCCGUCGCCGUGACCGAGACCGGGCUCCUGGGGACCGCAGUGAAAAUCCCGCCGCACGGCUGCAAUAGCGGGGCGCUGCUGGGCAGGCUCGGGGUGCUCGUCCAAGCCCUGCUGGCCGCGGCGGCUUUCAGCACCCUGAUGUUAAAGCGCUUUCAGGAGCCAAAAGAAGAGAGGCGUCCCUGGAGGAUCUGGUUUUAUGAUACCUCCAAGCAAGCAAUAGGUGCCCUCUUCAUCCAUUUUGCUAAUGUUUUCCUGUCUGGUCAUACUGCAGAAGAUCCCUGCUCUCUCUACCUAAUGAAUUUCAUCCUCGAUGCCACACUGGGGAUGCUGCUGAUCUGGUUCGGUGUGAAGGUUGUCUCCUGGGUUGUGGAGCAUCGGAAGUACACAUGCCUAGUCUUUGGAGAGUAUGGUGACCCUCCACAAGCUGCUGCCUGGAUUGGCCAGUGCAUCCUCUACUUGCUGAUAAUGGUCUUUGAGAAGACUGUGGUAAGCCUUGCCCUGUUCAUCCCUGGCUGGACAAAGCUUCAGGAGAUUUUACUGGAUUAUAUCCCAGACCCUCAGCUAGAGCUCGUCCUGGUCAUGUUCAUUGUGCCUUUUACAGUCAAUGCUGUUAUGUUCUGGGUCGUGGACAGUUUGAUCAUGAGGAAGUAUAAGCAGACGGACAGCCUUGAAGGCAGCAGGUCCAUAGAAAACCCCGUGAGGAAUGAAGAAUCCCAGAGCAGUGCUGUUCUGGGAGAUGUUACCUAUGGUAUGUCCCGUUAAAAGGCACUAAGAGGUAUGAGAUCUCCAGCCAAACAGACGCUCUAACCACUGAGCAAUGAGUCUCUGUCAAGAGUUGAAUUGUUCUUGUUCUUCCUUUAGGCGUUGCUCUGUCCUGACUUGGAUUUUGAUCAGUCUGAAAGUGACGAAGACAUCUCAGGACUCCAAGGAUCCAGCCAGAAAACGAGACAGCCAGGCUAUCAGGUGGUAGUUUAAUAGCGACUUCAAACUGAGCCAAGUGGAGAGAGUUCCAACCAAGAAAACAGCAAUAGAGACUUUUGUAGAAAACUGGACUUUGAUCUGAUGUUAGAAGCUGGGGUGGGGAUGCUAGUUUUAUUGCACAGUUAAAUGGAGAUCACAUGCUGGGACUAGGCAGAUCUAUCCUUUGCAGUUAUUUUCCUGAUGGCGUUUCUGUACCUUCUGCAUUCUUGUUGCCCAGUGUGGUGGCUGGCUCUACGUACACCGUUAACUCCUGCUGUACCUGUAUUUGUCUCUAAACUGGACACUCCUAAUCACAUCAUGGUUAGGACUGUGGAGUUAUAUUUCUGUGGC